AUGUGGCACCACUCAUUCAGCCCUUCAGCCACGCAGACUACAAAGCUUCUUGCAUAUUUCAAAAAGAAAAAGAAAAAAGAUCUACAUUCUAAAGAUUAUGCUUGCACUAUCGGGAUACCUGCUCACUCCAUUUCCUCUUUUCUGUCUCUUUCAUCAGGCUGUUCUUGGGCCGCUGCUGCCCUCCUGCUGCUCUUUGGAGCCCACGCUUUCCCCAUCGGAGAUUCUUCCGGAGAAGAGGAAUUUGGCGAGGAUCCCUCCUCCAGCACUUCGGCAGCCGGGCGCGUCCAGCUGAACAUUCUGACAGAGUUGGCUCUUUGGCUGCAAGGUACUGCGGCGACGUGGAAUCAAGAGCUGUGCACGGAGCAAAACGCAUGUAAAGGUACAAUGGAAAUUAUGGCACAAAAUAAUCUUAACCUUCCAAGGAUAAUUAAAGAAGAUGGAUGCUACCAGCCUGGAUUCCAAAAGGAAAGUUGUCUAAGAAAACUUUCAAGUGGCCUCUAUGCAUUCAGAACAUUCUUGGAAUAUAUAGAAGAAACUACACAAAGUAGUGUUUCUAUAUCAACAGGAGCACAGCACCUGGCAGAAACCUUGAAGUCAAUGAUGAACAAUCCUGAGACUGUGAUCACGCCACUUCCUGACACUCAGAAAACUCUUGCUGCAAAGUUAAGAGAACAGAGAGCUUGGAAUAUGAUAGUGACCAAGCACUUUAUUCUUCAAGCUUUUACUUUAUUUAUGGAGACCACUUCAAGAGUUAUUCGCCUUCUAUAAUGAGUUAACUGUAAUGCCUGAAUGCUUGAAAUGAGACAUAUCAAAUAUCCACAUCUGAAACAGAUGUCAUGGUUGUUCUCCUGAGAGAAUUUAUUUUU